CCAACAGAUCUCCCCUCCCCCAUAACUCCCCCACAUGGUUUCACCAAACCAGCUGCAACGGCAAUCAGCAAACACACCCGGUGGAACUGCGCAUCUGCGGUGCUCAACAUUCAAAMCCCUUCCCAGUCCAGUUCUUUUCGGAUUAGAAAAUGCCUCAUUGGAGGAAAUGCGUUCUUGGAUGCGAAGGCGACUACCCUCUUUUUACGCUUCCCAAGGAUGGCACGAUUCGUCAGAAAUGGUUGGACUUUAUUUUUGGAGACUUCCCUCCUCCGAAAAAGAACUGGUAUAUUUGUGCGAGACACUUUACUGAUGACAGCUUUCUAAACAAAGGCCUGUUUGAUAAAGGACUGAUAGGAAGGCUGUCACUAUUAGACCAUGCAAUACCAACCAGGCUUAAACCGUUUGAGUGGGGACAGGGCACAUCUGUCUCCAGAUCGGUUGGGACUUCCUGUGUAGUAGAGAUGAAGUCCCAAGGAACAUCCACAACACCACAGACUGCAGAAAUUGGUAUUCAGUGUAUGCUUCUGACUCCCACCCUAGAUGACCAGGACAGCAACGGCCCUGAAAGUGACGAGGAACCUGAGACUGAUGAGGAGGACCCGGACUGGGCACCUGGCACAGAAGAGUCUGAGGAUGAGGACUUUGACCUGGACGACGUGGCCGAAACCUGCCCAGCGGCGGAGCGUAAAUUCAUUGUCUUUGAAAGCUGUUUGAGGACGCUGUUCGCCGUGUGUGCUGUCUGUUCCGGGGCCUGCACAGUGACGAUGAAGCAGAUCAUGGGCACCAUGGUGGCUGUGAGCAGUGUCUGCAAGAGGACAGACGGACACACCAGGGUGUGGUACAGCCAGCCGGCCCACAACAGCAUGCCGGUGGGCAAUUUGAUGAUGGCGGCAGCCACAUUGUUCAGUGGGUGCUCACCAACAAUCGCCCUGAACCUUUUCCGACACAUGAGCGUUGGAAUCUACAGUUUGAAGACGUUUUUCAGUCUGCAGCGCAGCUAUUUGAUCCCUGCUAUUCAGAGGGUUUGGAACACCAAGCAGCAGGCCAUGAUUAUGAAGAAAAAGGGAACGCCACUAAGACUGGGCGGAGACGCUCGCUGCUGCUCAUCAGGGCUUACAACCAAAUAUGGCAGCUAUUCCUUGAUGGAUAUGAAUACUGGUGCGGUGCUCACCACCCAUGUAGUGGAGUGCAGUGAAGUGCAGAGCAGCGCAGCAGUGGAGUUGGAGGGCCUGAAACAGGGGCUCUGCUUCCUGGAGCAACAUGGCCUCACUGUAGCUGAACUCAUCACGGACAGACAUGUGCAGGUCUGCAAAUGGCUGAAAACGGAAAAGCCCGACAUCAAUCAGCGGUUUGACGUAUGGCAUGUUUCCAAGGGCAUCUUCAAGAAACUCGUGGCAGUGGCCAAAAGGCCAGGCUGUGCUACAGUGGGGCUGUGGGCUCAGGCUAUCUCCAACCAUCUGUGUUGGACAGCAGCCACCAGCGGCGGGGACGCAGACAUGGCUGUGCAGAAAUGGACAUCUGUGGCUCGUCACGUCUGCAACAUCCACGAGGGCCAUGGUGACAUGUUCCCGCGGUGCGAGCAUGGACAGAUGAACAGACAGUGGGUGGAGAACGGCAGCAGAGCCCAGGAAGAAAUUCAGGCGGUUGUCCUGAGCUCCAGGCUGUUGGCGGAUGUCCGCCAGCUGUCCCCUCCAGAGCAGGCGUCGUACCUGCAGUCUUUUCAUAACGUCGUCUGCUUCUUCGGAAGUAAACAUGGGCAUUUCCUUCGUUCCUCACUGGAAGCAAGACUGAUUUUGGCAGCCCUCCACUUUAACGAGAACAUGGCGAAGGAGCAGGCCAGGAAACAGGACAGGGCUCAGCGGUGGAAGGUGUCCUAUCCACAGUUUAAGGAAGGUGGCGCUGUGGUUCGGCCUGUGAAGGAGUCUGACACAUACGACUACGUCAGACACCUGAUGGAGCUUGUGUGGCAGAUGCGGCUGGAGGUUCCCUUCUAUGAAGACAUUGUAGUUACAGAAGCUUCUGUUUCUUAGCUCUGGUUGUGUGUUUCGGGUCGUUGUCUUGCAUUUGUUUCCAGGUUAGAUAAAAUUUGCUCUUUUAGUAUUGCUUGUUUUAAACUCCAUAAUUUUUCCCAUCAACUCUGACCGAUUUCCAUAACCAGGUUAAAGAAAAGCAAGCCCAAUGCAUGAUACUGCCACCACCAUGUUUUGCUCUUAGAAUGGUGUGUUCAGGGUGACACACAGCAUUAUUCAUAAAGGUCAUAAAGCUACAUUAUUGGCUCUCAUUACAUUUAAGGUAAUUUGGAUUUUAUUUAGGUUUAUUAGAGUAAUGGGGGCUGAAUACAAAUGCUGGCAAUUGUCCCCAUUAUUUUGUAGCUAAAAAAUUGCAAAUCUACUUUUAAUUUUCCCUGCGUUUCAGUUAUGCACAUAUAAAAUCAUGUUAAAUCCUAGAAAAUGCACUUAAGUUUCUAAGUAAGUAAAACCUUAUUUAUAUAUCAUCUCUCAAGACACAAAAUCACAAAGUGCUUCACAACAGUCAGCAAUGCAUAAAAAGGAAACUAAU